GCCAUCCACCGCUCACACGUACGCAUUUAUUCACGCACGUUCACCGGCGUGCUACACUGUUGUUUCAUUGUUGUUUCACCCUGCUGGUCCCUUAUACUACAUCAUUGUCCCGCUAUUCUUUUUCUCUCGUUUCGCCUUCUACAUUGUAGGCGUUUCGCGUUCCCGUCACCAUGUGCGCGUUCCUUCAUGUCGCCGCGGUCGAGACUCCCCGACUGAAUUUUUCGCUUUGAUGCCGCGAACGGCACCUGCCCUGAGCAAUCGUCUCGUCGGCUGCUCCUCGUGCGCCUUUUCGCUGACGAAGUUUUGCAUUAUAUUUACCGCAGACAGCGCUCUCCUCACCGUCACCCUCGCCCUUGCGAUCGCGCCGAAAUAACCUUUCGCGAACACGCUGCGUUGCGAAACGUCAGUCCCGCGCACGAUCCUACUUCAAGAGGCAUUGUCUAGCAAACUCGCUAAAAUGACAACUGAUCCGGAACGCGCUGCCAAUGUAAGCGAUAUGGAUUCCGUUGAAGGUGAAGAUAGUAACAACGACGUGGGGUUCAAGAUGAAUUUGUCCGGACGUCCAGUCAGGACGUCCGCAGUUUUACGUAGUACUGACGAUCCGGUGUUAGGUGCUCUUCGACAUUUGUCUGCACAUGGAUUGGAAUUAGAGCAAAUGCAGUCUCUCCCUGCUGUCGUUAAACGUAGAAUCAAAGCACUGAAACAAUUACAACUUGUCACUACUAAUAUCGAGGCCAAAUUCUAUGAGGAAGUUCAUAGUCUAGAGUGCGAAUACUAUAAAAUGUGCGCACCCUUAUAUGAGAAACGAAGUGAGAUAAUAUCUGGUAUUUAUGAACCAACGGAUGAACAAUGUGCUUGGGAGAGCGAUGAAGAAGAGGAAGGUCUGAGCAACGACUUGAAAACCAAGGCAAAGAUCGAGGAUAAUCAAGAGAAGAAGGAUGAAACGGAUAACGAGGUUGAUAUUAAGGGUAUCCCAGAUUUUUGGCUAACAAUAUUUAAGAACGUAGGUACAUUAGCCGAAAUGGUUCAAGAACACGAUGAGCCAAUUUUGAAACAUCUAACUGAUAUUAAAGUGAAUUUCUUGAAAUCAAGUCCGAUGGGAUUUAUUCUCGAGUUCUAUUUUACGCCCAAUGAAUACUUCUCGAAUACAGUACUCAUUAAAGAAUACAUUAUGAAGUGUGCUCCUGAACAGAACGAUCCUUUCAGUUUCGAAGGACCUGAGAUCUAUAAAUGCAAGGGCUGCACAAUUGACUGGAAGAAAGGCAAGAACAUUACAAUAAAAACUAUCAAAAAGAACCAGAAGCAUAAAUCUCGAGGAUCUAUGCGUACCGUGACCAAAGUUGUGCGAAAUGAUUCCUUUUUUAAUUUCUUUACUCCACCAGUUGUGCCAGAUGAUGCGGAUGCUGAUUUAGAUGAUGAAACACAAGCUUUAUUGACCAGCGACUUUGAAAUAGGUCAUUACAUUAGAGAACGUAUAGUUCCUAGAGCCGUGCUCUAUUAUACAGGUGAAGGCUUGGAAGAUGAAGAUGAAGAUUACGAGGAGGAAGAAGGUGAUGACGAUGACGACGAUGAUGAAGACGAGGACGAAGAUGAUGAAGAAGAGGCGUCCUCUCCUACUAAUGCGCCUUCAGGUGGGAAACAAGGCGAUGAUAUCAAUGAGUGUAAACCACAGUAGAAUAACAAUUUAACGAGUUACGAUGUAAUGGAGGAUCCAUCAUUUAUACACAUUGCAUACGUGCAAACAGCAACACACUAACAAAUAUUUGAUUCCGAUAACUGCCUAGAUAAUCCUGCACCUUACGGCCCCAAUAUAAUCCCUGUUUGUAUCAACCAUCUAAUCAUAUAUCUCGUAUUCCAGAUCAAGCCUAGAUUCUUCAACAUACCGGUGAUACAAAAAACAAAACAUGAAAGAAAUUACGCGUACCACACUUCCCCCCUUACUCGCCGUUGACGAUGAG